AUGCCGUUCACAGAUAUUCCAAUUUUCUUUACCGAUGCAGGGCCGUAUCCUUCCAUUGCAGUUUUGGCAGCGUGGACGUUAGUAUUGGGAGUUUCUUUCGUUGUAUUUGGUGUGGCGCGGCCCGUCGGGCGUGGCACAAGGGCGCCCACGGCUGGUGAGAAAGAGACGUCAUUUUUACCUUUGUGGUGGGUACGUCAGCUUUAUUUUUGUGUAGCGUCUUGGCCCCUAUUUGACAUGGUUCAUCGUAUGGCCUCCUAUAUAUUUCUUCCAUCGCGAGUGCUGUGGCGGCGACACAUGCUGCAGCUUCCCGAUGGGAGAUUCGGCAACUGGGUGAACCAACUCCGCCUUUCAAUUUUAUGCCUGCUGCAAUCGAAGGAACUGCAUGGUACCUGUGCGGAUUGGCAGCUUCCCAUGGCGUCUUUUACCUCGUCCAUUGCUCCCUACAGUGUCAAUGAGGCUCCAGGUGCCACACAGUGCGGCAUCGAAGGAAACGGACACAUGAGCAACAAGGAAUGGGAGUACUGCCAAUGGGUAGCACUUGUGUCCGUGCUUACGACGAUGAUGAUUUUAUUUGUUACAUGCGGGGCAAUCCUCCGCCUCUUUCCAUUGCAACCGAGCAAGCAUGAGAUUCAUGAGGACGACUGCAGUGAAGCCGGUACCACGUCGGACGACGACGUGAGUUCAGCAUCCGAUCAAGAGCUCUGGUGGGGUUUGGGGGAACCUGACGAUGCCUGCCUUUUGAGUCCGGAAGCAAUCGCAGAGGAGCAGCGUUGGAAAUCAAUGGAGGUGGAAAAGCGCCUCUCUCAACAGCGUCAACGAGGACAUGAGAAGCAGAAGGAAAAGUGUGGUGUUCUUACACUGUUGCAUGAAUAUUGGCCUGUAUUUCUCUCGGUGUGCUACGCCGGCCUCUACGCCUUCACUGGGGGUAUGCCAUUAUUGAUGCGCUGGGUGUAUCCCAGCUGCGUCAUGCUUGUGACUGUGUGUGGAAUGAUUGCCUAA